AUGGAGAAAUCGGUUCAGCAAGACGUACCACUACCUCCUACGAUACCAUCUUCGGUUGUUGUAAGAUCACAAUCGCCGCCGGCAUCGAUCCAUCAUUCCAUCGUCUCCGACUCUUCCGACUCAGAUGAUAGUAGAUACACACUCAGUAAGGAAGAGAUUGAGCGCUUGGGACGUGUUAGGCCGGAAUGCUUCAAAUCGGCUUGGUCAGAGAUAGGAUUCGUCCUAUCAAUCUGCAUGAGCCAAAUAUUGACUUCCCGCGCACCCAUACAGGAAUACUUCGUCUCUGGAUUCAACCUCCUCGUGCCCUCAGUAGUGGAAGCCUUCAAAAUUCCCGCAACCUCAGCAACCUGGCCGGCAUCCGCCUUUUCACUAGUAAUAUCAUGUUUCCUACUACCCUUCGGCAGGCUGUCGGAUAUGUACGGCGGGAAGAUCAUGUUUGUGCUGGGCGUGGGCUGGCUAGUUGUGUGGAGCGUAGUCGCGGGGGUGGCAAAGAAUGAGUUGAUGUUGGAUCUGGCAAGAGCGCUGGCGGGGCUGGGGCCUGCGGCGUUUCUGCCGAGUAGCGUUAUGCUGAUGGGAUGUGUUUAUCGGCCGGGGCCUAGGAAGAAUUUGGUAUUUUCCUUCUACGGCGCCUGCGCACCACUCGGAUUCUUCUUUGGGAUCUUCUUUGCCGGCAUCUCUGCUCAAUAUUCUUUAUGGCGCAGCUACUUCUUCAUCGGGGCCCUAUUCGCCGCAAUCUCCUUUGUGCUCGCCUGGGUUUCCGUCCCCUCCGAUAAGGAAGAGCGCAGCACCUUAAACAUCAAGAUGGACUGGCCCGGAACUAUCCUCAUCGUGUCGGGCCUCAUCCUCGUCGUCUACGCCAUCACCGACUCCUCGCGCGCUCCCCAUGGUUGGAGAUCACCAAACAUCUGGGUCACCUUUGCAGCCGGAGUCUGCAUGCUCCUCGGCGCCGUGUACGUUGAGGGUUGGGUUUCUCAACAGCCGCUCCUGCCGAGCGAUAUCUGGCAAGUGCCCAUGUUCCCGGCCGUUGUGGCUGCAAUGUUUAUGCAGUAUGGCGGUCUGGGAAUCUUUCUCCUCUACUCCACAUUCUACGUGGACGGAGUCAUGGGCGCUGGUCCCCUUCAAAUCGUCGCCUGGUUCACCCCCCUCUUCGUUGGUGGCAUGAUCAUUGCUACAGUCGGUGGCUUUGUCCUCCACAUCAUCUCCGGAACCAUAUUAAUGAUCACUGCCGGUGUCGCCUGGGUAAUCGCGCCUCUCCUAUUCGCCAUUAUGCCCGACGGUGCUAGCUACUGGGCUUUCGUCUUCCCCGCCAUGAUCAUGGCGACCGUUGGUAUCGAUAUCAGCUUCAACAUCACAAACAUCUUCAUCACUACUGGUUUGCCGAAGCGACAGCAGGGCCUUGCUGGUGCCAUAAUCAACUCGAAUAUGCAUCUGAGUAUCGCCUUUUUUCUCGGUUUUGCAGAGAUCAUCUCGGCGAAAACGCAUCAUCAGGGAAUCAGAAUCAGUUACAAGGCGGUGUUCUGGUUUGAGAUUGCGCUGGCGCUUGUCGCGUUGAUAAUCAUGGUGAUGUGGGUUAGGGUUAGUAAGGCGAAAUGUGAUUUGACAGCGGAUGAAAAGGAGAUGGAGAGGGAGAGGAGCAGGUCGAGGGGAUCUGAAAAUUAG